AGUAAGUUGUGUUAUUGUAUAAUUUAAUAGAUACACUUUGUUUGAUGAUAAAUUUUGUAAGAACUAUACAUCAUUAUUCUAGUUCCCAUUAAGUUAAUUGUUAACGAUAAGAAUAGGUAUAUGAAGUUAAAGCUGGAGAUACAUACAUCAAAAGUAAAUUUUUCUCUCAUAAUAUUUAUCAGGAUGGAAAUUCAUUUCAUGCUCUAAAAGAUUAAAGGAAAUUCAAUUAAGUAUAUUAAAUUGGUAUGAAUAAAAUUAUUGAUAUUUUAGAAUUCCAAUGCUGAUAAUAAAGCUUGUGAGGAAGCUGAGAUAUGUAAUUCUACUAUUAAUGUUAGAUGAGUAGAAUAAUAGCAAAAGCAAUAAAAAAAAAUGAAUAAAAAUAAUUAAGAAAAGCUUAAAAUUCAAAAUCAAGAUGAAAUUCAUUUCCUUAAAAACAAUUUU